AUGUAUUAGAUAGGAAUUACAAAUUUUCAUUAUUAUGGAAAAAUAAAUUAAUUGUUACUUCAUUUCAUAGAAACUUACUAAAUUUCCAUUAUUCAUACAUUCAAUAACAAACUUUACAAGUGUAUGAAUUAUUUUCAAUCAGCCUCAUAAGCUACACGUUCCACCUUGACAUAGAUAUCUUAAUAAGAUAUAAACCCGUUAUUAAAAUUCAUAAUUCUCAAUUAGCAAAUUUUUCAAAUUAUGAAAAAUUUGUAUAAUGAAAUAUUUAUUUUUUCAGUAGAUAAAUCUAAUUCACUUAAAAUAUUAAAUUUAUGA